AUGGCGAUGUCGGGUUUACAUCCAGCUUUUAUAGAGAAAUUCAUGUUGAUGGCAAUGUCCAAUUUGAUGAGAAAGAAAGAAGCAGAAGCCAUUGCAAAGAUAGAAGCAAAUGCAGUUGAAAAUUCGAUUCCUCCGGAAGUUGGGGGAGUGGAGAGUAAUACUGCUUCGGUUCUUUAUAAUCAGGAACCGGCGACAAACUCGACGAUCACUGAUUUGGGGGCGAACUUCACUGAAGCGUUGAGCAUGGCCGAUUUGACUACUGUCGCGAAAAUGACUACUGGCCUUGAUUGGAAAGGGCUGACGAAGUGUCGCAAGCAAAACGAGUGGGACUUGCCCCAAUCGACGGAUUUUUACAGACCGAGGUAUGCAGCAAAACCGGCGUUCCAGGAUGUUCCGACUUCGUUUGCCACACUGUCUAACAUGGAACACGAUUCCACUGGGGUCGAUAAUGAAGUGCGACUCUGA